CUUUGAAUAAUUUGGCUACUAACAGCUUCCCCAAAUUUCAAACCUUUUCAAACAUUCACACACUAACACACACAGAUUCAUCUCCUAAUCCUCAGUCCUCAUCAAUCACCAAAACCACAAAAACCCAUUUCACAGCUCUCGAAAUCUUGAUCUGGGUCAACCUCAACUGCCCCAAUGAACCUACUUUACUUCACCAUUUUCUCCUUUCUUUUCGCCUUUUUUUCGGCCACAUUCUCCGACCUCACAGCCGAUAAAGCUGCUCUCAUAGCUCUCCGCUCCUCUCUCGGGGGACGAUCACUCCUCUGGAACCUCUCUAACCCCACCCCAUGUUUCUGGGUCGGUGUACACUGCCAAUUUAACCGUGUUACUGAGCUCCGGCUCCCCGGAAUGGCUCUCUCCGGCCAAAUUCCUCCGAACAUUCUCGGGAACUUAACUAGUUUGCUCACACUUAGUCUUCGAUUCAAUACGUUGAGUGGUGAAUUCCCAAAUGAUAUCUCAUCUCUUAAGUCUCUUCGCAAUCUUUAUCUUCAAGGUAAUCAUUUUUCAGGAACUAUUCCUGAUGCAAUAUUCUCGUUACGGAAUCUUGUUCGUUUAAAUUUAGCUUCGAAUAAUUUUUCGGGUUCGAUUUCUUCUGAUUUUGGGAAAUUGAAUCGGUUGGGUACUCUUUAUUUGGAGCAUAAUAGGUUUAUAGGGUCAAUUCCGGAUGUUGAGUUGCAUAGUUUGGUUCAGUUUAAUGUUUCUUAUAAUCAGUUGUCAGGGAAAAUUCCAACUAGGUUUUCGAGUAAGUUGGAGAGUUCUUUUGUCGGUAAUUCACUUUGUGGUAGUCCUCUUAAGUCUUGUGAUGGGAAUGGUGGUAAGUUAUCUGGUGGUGCAAUUGCUGGAAUUGUGAUCGGAUCAGUUGUUGGGGUUUUAAUUAUUGUGGCGAUAUUGAUAUUUGUAUGUUGUCGAGGAAAAGGUAGUAAAAAGGGGGAAAGUAAAGAUGGUAGGCCAUUUAAGGAAGCGGGGGUGGUGGACAUUCCGCGAGAAAGUGUUGUUGAGAAUGGAAGUGAUUUGAGUAGUGGAUAUAUGAGUGUGAAAGAGAAAGGAAUUGUUAAGUUUGAUGGGGGGAAGAGAUUGGUGUUUUUUGGGAAAGUAGAGAAGAGUUUCGAUUUGGAGGAUUUGUUGAGGGCUUCUGCUGAAGUUUUGGGGAAAGGGACAUUUGGGACUGCGUACAAAGCAGUUUUGGAGAGGGGAAUGGUGGUGGCAGUUAAGAGAUUGAAGGAGGUGGCAGUGUCGGAGAAGGAAUACAAGGAGAAGAUUGAGGGUGUUGGAAAAAUGCAUCAUGAAAAUUUAGUACCUUUGAGGGCUUAUUAUUAUGGUGGGGAGGAGAAGCUACUUGUGUAUGAUUACAUGUCAAUGGGAAGUUUAUCUGCACUUCUGCAUGGAAACGGCAGUGCAGGUAGGACUCCCUUAAAUUGGGAAACACGAUUGUCAAUUGCACUUGGUGCCGCUCGUGGGAUAGGAUAUCUCCAUUCACAAGGCUCAACAGUCUCCCAUGGAAACAUAAAGUCAUCAAAUAUCCUCCUCACUUCCUCAUACGAGGCUCGUGUCUCCGACUUUGGUCUUUCCCAACUUGUCGGACCAAACAACAGUCCCAAUCACAUUGACGGCUACAGAGCACCAGAAGUGACUGAUGCUCGCAGAGUGUCCAGGAAAGCAGAUGUGUACAGUUUUGGCGUAUUGCUCCUGGAACUGCUAACAGGUAAGUCCCCAACCCAUUCCCUUUUGAAUGAGGAGGGGAUAGACCUUCCAAAGUGGGUCCACUCAGUGGUUAAGGAGGAUUGGACAUCGGAGGUUUUCGAUCUCGAGCUCCUCAGGUAUCAAAGUGUGGAGGAUGAUAUGGUUCAGCUUUUGCAGCUUGCUGUCGACUGUGCUACUAAGUAUCCUGACAAGCGUCCUACAAUGGCUGAGGUAACACGCAGAAUCGAGGAGCUUUGUGGAUCACAGCAUGAGCAAAAACCUCUGCAUAGUGACAUACUGGUUGAUAAUAUUGAUUCAGAUUCUCUGUAGAGGAAAAAAGUGUUUUUAAUUCAUACCAUAUAGUAUUUCUUUUGGGUAAAUUCGAGUUGCCCUUGUGAUUGCUACAUUAUUAUUCAGGCUCAACCUUCUUAAAUUUACACUCUUUUUUUUUUUGGAACAAUUUCUGUGACAUGCACUAAUUUCUUUUGAUCGUAACAUUGACAGGAAGAUCUCAUUCCAUGUAUUUAUAAUCUUUUUUUAGUCGUCAAUUACAAUCGAACCUGUAACCACUGUCAUGUGUAAUUAUAUUGAAUUCCAGCUUUAUCUUU